UUUAAACUAUUCUAGUAAAAUUCGCCGCAUUUUGCGGUGUAUGAUAACUCCCUUUUUAAAAGGACGUGUUUUAGAGGCGGGGCUAAUUUGGCGCAACUUCCAGCGCGGGAAAUUCAUUCAAAUAGUCAGACCGCCAAGAAACUGCAGCAGAAGCUUCGGGGAUUCAAGCUUGUAGUAGUCAGCUGUGGCUCUGUGUCCUUCUUAGUAAACUUUAAGUUUUUCAGUCCGGUUAAUAACUUGUUCAACCUUUGCCAACAUGCCCGUCCUAGAAGUUUCAGAUGCUUCAGCAGUUUCUCCAUCGAAGAGGCCAAGGACAGAAGCGAAGCCUGCAGAGGAGAGAGCUGUCCUCAGGUUUGCUAAACUGUCUGAGCAUGCCACGACACCGACCAGAGGCUCAGCUAAAGCAGCAGGAUAUGACCUGUACAGUGCAUAUGACUAUUCCAUUGGUCCUCUGGAUAAGGCCAUUGUGAAGACAGACAUCCAGAUAGCAGUUCCUCAUGGCUGCUAUGGGAGAGUAGCACCAAGAUCUGGGCUUGCAGCAAAAAACUUUAUCGAUGUUGGUGCUGGAGUUGUAGAUGAAGACUAUAGAGGAAAUGUGGGAGUUGUGCUCUUCAACUUCGGCAAGGAAACAUUCAAUGUGAAAAAGGGCGACAGAGUGGCUCAGCUGGUGUGUGAGAGGAUCUGCUACCCAGAUCUGGUGGAGCAAGAGACACUUGACGAGACGGAGCGUGGCGCUGGGGGUUUCGGAUCAACCGGGUCCAACUGAACGCUUCAAGCAUUAAUAUUUAGAGUGGCAGCAUGUAUAUGUUGAAAAUGUAAAGAUUUUGUUCUAAUAAAGUUAUUUGUUUUGUA